GCAGAGCUAGACGGUGGACUGUUGCUGCCGCUGUGGGAGUUGUUGCUAUCAAAACUAACAACAUCUUUCCUCCUUUUUUUUUUUUUUUUAAAUGGUGAAACCUAUUUUGGACGCAGGUUUUUGCAUCCAAACUCAGCGGGGAAGUAAAUAUUUCUGUUUUUGUUGACUGUUCAACCGCCAGCUAGCGACCGCGGCGAGUCAAGUGGGAACUCUUCACUGCAAUUAACUUGUGUGGAUUUGUUUCUGAUGCUCUGACUGACAGUUUGCGGCUGUCGGUUUGAGGCUCCGCUGGCUUGAAUUUGUUCUUGUUUGUUUGGUCGCCUCUCUGUACUCGGAAUACAUCGGAUCCUACACAAAAUACAAACGCCGGAGUGAUUGAGGUGGCUCCAGUCUUUUUUCAUUUCUCACCUGGUUCUUACUCUCCUCCUCCUCCUCCUCCUCCUCCCCCCUUAGCUGCCUCCAGCUAAUGAGCCGUUUCCCGUGUUUUUCCGGGUGAUUUACGGCCGCACUGCCGGUGGAGCGGAGUGGAGACAGAGAGGAGCAGGGAUUCGAAUUAAACGGUCGGCGAACUCGGAGGGAACCGUCGGUUUUGUUUGAAAUUAACGACCGUUGGUCCGAAUAAUAACGGCGGAUGGAUUCGUCUCCGUGAUUAGGAGCACCCCACAUCCUCACAGUACCCGCAUUUAAUCCCUUGAAGCGGGUUGUUUUUUUUUUUUUGUAAAAAGAAGGAAACGGUUACAUCUUCCCGGAGAUAACAAUGUUUCCCCAGGGGCGACACCCGGCGCCCCACCAGGCUCCAGGCCAGCCCUUCAAGUUCACCAUCCCAGAGUCACUGGACCGCAUCAAGGAGGAGUUCCAGUUUCUUCAAGCACAGUACCACAGUCUCAAGCUGGAGUGUGAGAAGCUGGCCAGUGAAAAGACGGAGAUGCAGAGACACUAUGUCAUGUACUACGAGAUGUCCUAUGGCCUCAACAUCGAAAUGCACAAACAGACGGAGAUUGCCAAGAGACUAAACACCAUCUGUGCACAAGUCAUUCCCUUCCUUUCACAGGAGCAUCAGCAGCAGGUGGUCCAAGCCGUGGAGCGAGCAAAACAGGUGACCAUGGCAGAGCUCAAUGCCGUUAUCGGGGUACGUGGACUGCCAGGUCUUCCACCCAGCCAGCAGCACCUAUCCCAUAACCACGGUGGUGCCCCUGUGCCCCUCACCCCUCACCCUGCCGGCCUCCACCCCUCUCAGCUGGGUGGUUCGGCUGGUCUCCUGGCUCUAUCAGGAGCACUUGGUACUCUUCCUCCCCAUCUGGUGGGAAAAGAUGGUGGUGAUAAAAAGCCCCACAUGUCCGGACCAGACUCUCACCCUGCAGGACCUGAACACCUGAGAGAGCGAGAGCCCGGCACAAGUAACUCCUUGCUGCCAGAAAGUCUUAGGAACUCAGAUAAGCGACGUAACGGACCAGAGUUUCCAAAUGACACCAAAAAACGCAAGGUGGAAGACAAGGACUCAAGCCACUAUGAUAGCGACGGGGAGAAAAGUGAUGAUAAUUUAGUGGUGGAUGUCUCGAAUGAGGAUCCAGCCUCCCCUCGUGGCACGCCUCUCCCCUCACCAAGAGAAAAUGGCCUGGAUAAAGCACGUCUUCUCAAGAAAGACCCCUGCAGUCCAGCCUCUACUGCAUCAUCAGCUAGCUCCUCCUCCCUCAAGUCCAAAGAGAUGUCAAUGCGAGACAAGGCAGGUACACCUGGACUAAAGUCAAGCACACCCACACCAAGAGGUGACUCCACCCCAGGUCCGAGCUCUACUCCUGGAAUCAGGCCCAGUCUGUCAAAACCCCCCUCCAUGGAGUUACCACAUCCACCUACUGCAGGUCUGCGGACCCCCCUGGCUGUACCAGGCCCAUACCCGGGUGCAUUUGGCAUGUUGCCCCACGCAGCAGGGAUGAAUGGGGAGCUGGCCGGAGCAGCGGGGGCUGCGGCCUAUGCUGCCGGAUUGCACAACAUGUCACCUCAAAUGAGUGCUGCUGCUGCGGCCGCUGUAGCUGCGUAUGGCCGUUCACCAAUGGUUAGUUUUGAUCCUCAUCCUCACAUGCGAGUUCCUGGGAUGCCUCCCAGUCUGACGGGAAUCCCUGGUGGCAAACCUGCUUACUCCUUUCACGUGGCAGCCGACGGACAGAUGCAGCCGGUGCCGUUCCCCCCGGACGCCUUGGUGGGCCCAGGGAUUCCUCGCCACGCCCGUCAGAUCAACACACUGAACCACGGAGAGGUGGUGUGCGCCGUUACCAUCAGUAACCCCACCCGACACGUUUACACUGGAGGGAAGGGUUGUGUCAAAGUCUGGGACAUUAGUCACCCAGGAAACAAGAGCCCGGUUUCACAGCUUGACUGUCUGAACCGAGACAACUACAUCCGCUCCUGUCGUCUCCUCCCUGAUGGUCGGACGCUGAUUGUUGGAGGUGAGGCGAGCACGCUGUCAAUAUGGGAUUUGGCCACGCCUACUCCCAGGAUUAAGGCAGAGUUAACAUCAUCAGCACCUGCAUGUUACGCUCUGGCCAUCAGCCCGGACUCCAAGGUCUGCUUCUCUUGCUGCAGUGAUGGAAACAUCGCAGUCUGGGAUUUACACAACCAGACACUCGUUAGGCAGUUCCAGGGCCACACCGAUGGAGCCAGUUGUAUCGACAUCUCCAAUGAUGGCACCAAGCUGUGGACCGGAGGCCUCGAUAACACUGUCCGCUCUUGGGAUCUGAGAGAGGGACGGCAGCUGCAGCAGCAUGACUUUACGUCACAGAUCUUCUCUCUCGGGUACUGUCCAACAGGAGAGUGGCUCGCUGUGGGAAUGGAGAGCAGCAACGUUGAAGUCCUUCAUGUCACCAAACCUGACAAAUACCAGCUUCAUCUACAUGAGAGCUGUGUGCUCUCCCUGCAGUUUGCCUAUUGUGGUAAAUGGUUUGUGAGCACAGGGAAGGAUAACUUACUGAACGCAUGGAGAACACCGUAUGGAGCCAGCAUAUUCCAGUCUAAAGAAUCAUCCUCGGUACUAAGCUGUGACAUAUCUGUGGACGACAAGUACAUCGUCACCGGUUCAGGGGACAAGAAGGCCACUGUUUACGAGGUCAUCUACUAAACAUAUGGAAAGAAAGGGAGGACAUUUUGUACUUUCCCUCACACCCGAUAUGUUUCUAGAGAUUUUCGCAUGGAGUCAGAAAUCGCAGGCAAGAGUGACCUUGAUGGCACCUUCUUUUUUUCUGUCACAUCUGCCGAGGAGACACAGAAAGGAGACAAACAUUUUACACGCACACAUCUAUUGUGCAUGUAUACGUGACUCCAUAUCAGCUGGGAAUUAACUGGAACAGCUGGAUGUUAAUGGAAGGAGAGGAACUAUUUGGAUGUUCGUGUCUCGACUGCUUUCUGCUAUGGACUGCACAGGGAUCAGUUACAGGGACCAGACAAUGACUGAACCAAAAGGGGGCAGAGGGAGAACACUGUACUGAACGUCAGAUUUUAAAACACACUUCGAGUGUGACAACCAGGGGGCAGAGACCCUAGAACGAACACUCAAACCAGAUGAUUGAAUAUUGAAUAUGUAUGUGGACGGAAACUGAUAAAAUAAUGCAUAGACGGAGGAGGAGAAAGCAACACAUUGAGUGCAGAACAUGUUGGUUUUUAUUUUGUUCCAGACAGACAGUGCCCACAGCCUGUUGAUCUCUCAGCUCUGACUCUCUGACCUUAGAACCUCAGCUUGCUGUUCUGAUACGCCUACACUGUCUGAAAAAGUACCUUUUCUGUCUUAACAGUAAGUCCUAUCCCCACUAACUGCACUGUAGUGGUAGCUGUCCACCUACACGCUUAGUACACACACACACACACACACACACACACACACACACAACACAAUGACAGUUUUGAACAUAAUGAAGGCUGUGUUGAUUUGUCUAGCAUCAUGCUGUUGUUGAUUUCUGUGAUGGGUUAGUUUGAUCCUCGUGAAGCAAAGUGCAUUUAAAAGGUAGAAAGAUUUGCUUUCCAAAACCAAAUAAGCACCCAGGGCAGGAUCAUACACUUUAAAUGCUGUUACAGAACGUGUUGGUUGUUUUCUUCUUUUUUUCCCUCUCUGGUAUUUCAAAUGAUUCUGGUUGAAAGACCAAUUGGUGAAGGUGGAAUAAGUUUCAGAGAUUGAAUUAAUCGUCAAAUUCCAUUGAUCAACCUCUUCUACUGUACCUGCAGCCAAUCAUUUCCAUACUUGGCUGUACUCCACAGUCCACAAGCAACAUAAGCCUUCAUACUGGCAGAGCGAGCCCCACCUUUACUCAGACUAUUACUGAACUGACAUUAGUAUUGGUAAUCAGUCACAUGGCCUUUUCCAUGUGGUCUUGUUGAAGUCUAGGCGUGCCCCCUGCUGAUAAUGUUAAUGCAGUUUGUUUGCUUGUGGUCUCUUUCACAGUAAGUUCAUUGGUUGAGGUCCUAAUGAUUACAAUUAAUGCUCUUGAAUUAAAUGUUUUUCCCUUAAUUUGAAACAGCCCUUUGGUUUCUGUCUUCACUGUUGUAAAUUCACCCCGGCCCUGCCUUUUGUACACUCUCUCACACGAUGUGUUACUGUAUGAGAUGGUUAAUCACGCUUCAUAAAUGGGGACUAACUGUACUUCUAAAAAAAGAUCAUCUUGACAAAUAAAUUAAUCUUGUGUCAAACAAGAGAAAAGACCUUUCUACCAUAUUCACUAAACAAACAUCUGAAAAUCAGAAUUGUCUUUUUUUUUUUUUUUUACAAAAUAAUGGUCAUUUAUUUCUGCUAAUGUUCUUGAAUGUGGGACAAUUGCCUUUGAAAAGUACAACUGUGUCAUGUUGUUUUUUCACCUUACACAAAAGAUUUAAGAAUACCAGCUAGAUUAAAUUAUUUGUCAAGAUAGUCUCAUAGAGAAGGUUAGCGAAGGUGCAGUUGUAUUUCAGCUUCAGGAAGGAAUCAGUCAGUUUCAGCCAUUUUUAAACUCGUUAAUUUCAUGACAUUGUGCUUCGUUUUUUUUAAAUCUAUUUUUGUCUGUUGAAUGUUUGUAAAAAUGUAUAUAUCUGUUUUUUUUUUCUUACAGGACAUGCUUUAGAAAUAACAAACUGUUUUUGUACGUCUUUUACAUGGAAAAGAAACGUCUAAUCAGGAGAAAUACUAAAUGGUCUUAAUGCUAGUUUAUCUAAAAUGAUUGAAAUAUCUAGACAAUAAAUGUGGUUUUUUUUGUAA